AAAUGGAAUGUGUUAAUGUGUGUGUGUACGCACACAUCAACACACAUGAUUCAGCACUGUGGACAGCUCCAAUGUGAAAAAACACUGACGUCACACACAAAUGUUUAUGGCAAACAAAUUCAGAUAGAUGGAAAUAUAAAAAAUGAUUAAAAAGUUUAUCAUGUCAGGAUAUGCAAAAUCCUCUUGAUGGUAGGAAAGUGCUGCAAACGUCUUUGACCUUAAGUGAGAGUGGGGGAGGAGGAGGAGGCCCCCCACGAGGGCUCCUGAGGGACUUGCCUCCCCAAAAGUGCUCCACGACCUUCUCGUGUGUCCGCACUUCCUUCCCUUGAGGACCAUGUCUCCCACAUCCGAGCCGCGGACCGGGCGAUGACGUCACAGGCUGCGUGGAUAAAAAGCUACGUGCUCGCCGCCUUGCGCGCACAUGCCCACGGACCCUUCACCGCCGAGCUCUCGCGCACGUUCACCUGCGGCAACCAUGAAAUCAGCGUCGCUGCUUCUGCUCCUCUUCUCCUCGGUGCUACUCCCUCCCGCCGCCAGCAGAGGGCGCCCCCUCCAUGACAACAGCCUCCAGUCAGGCCAGGCGCUUCUCAGGGCAGCUUCAGCCGGGGACAGCACUGCCGCCCGCCUGCUGGGCUUCAGCCUCCACAAACCUUUUCUCAGGAAGGAGGAUUAUGAUGAUAAUGACGUUGAGGCGGAGGAGGGGCAGCUUCAGAAGCGCAACGAGGACGCGCCAAUCUCCAUCGACUUGACCUUUCACCUCCUGAGGAACAUGAUCCACUUGGCCCGGACGGAGAAGCAGAGGCAGAGGGCUCACUUCAACCGCAAAGUGCUGGACGAGGUCGGCAAGUAACAGUAAUCACGCCGUCAUCGUCUUCCUCUUUUACGCACGCUCACUUCCUCUUAACGUAAAUAUUGUACAUAACAUGAAUAUUAGAGAUGGAAAUGUGAAGGUUUAUGUCACAUGAUGAAUGU